AAAAAAAUUUCGGCAAGUCAGUGACAUUGCGAACUUACGAAUUUACUUCCGUUUCUGGAUUUUUCUGAGCGUAGGUAUUGCGGUAAAUAUUUGAGAACUGUUUUGAAAUUGCUUUGGAAACGUGUGCGCCAUGUUCACGUGGUUGCAAUUGUUGUUGGUAUUAGUAAUCAUACGCGACUCAUGGCAAAUCUGUGAUCGCAGACCGCAAGGUGCCACCGGUGAACGCUCCGCGGUCGAUGAGAACUUUCAAGUGUUGAUCCAAGGCAAUCCAAAGACCUUCAUACCGGGACAGACUUAUAAUAUAAGCUUAUCUGUUGACAUCGCGUUCAAUUUUCUCAGCUUCACGCUGGUUGUGGAGAGUGAAGAUGAUAAUAUAAGCCCUACGCCCGACACGAUCGGCUACUUUGAGAUCAUCGACAAGGCCGAGACGCGUUUCAGUACGCUGUGCGAGAAUAUGAUCGAAAGUACAAAUGCGAAUACAAAAGUACGUGUCAGUGUUGGUUGGGUGGCGCCAAACGGCGGUUGUGUACUCAUCAAGGCGGCGGUGCUGCAACAUCGCAGUGUGUGGUAUAUGGACGACGGUUUCCUUACGAAACGCAUUUGUGCGGAAGAGAUUGACGAAGUCAACAGUCAAACGCCGGCAUUGGAUGUGUGUUGCGCGUGUGAUGAGGCAAAAUACGAGCUGAUUGUGGAGCGUAAAUGGAGCCGCAAUACACAUCCACAUGAUUUCCCGAAAGAACCUUGGCGCACACGCUUCAGUGAGCUCAUUGGUGCAUCGCAUACGCCAGACUACCGUUUCUGGCAAUAUGGUAAGUACGCGAGCCCUGGUCUACAAGAGAUGGCAGAACAUGGCGCCACACUGCAGUUGGAAAGGGAAAUCAAGUCCGGCGAUGUACGCACGAUCAUCAAGGCACCGGGCAUUAUAUAUCGCGAAAAUACUGUCAGCACCACGCUAGCUAAUGUGCGCGUCGACCGACAACACCAUGUCAUUUCGUUGGUGUCGAAAAUUGAACCUUCGCCGGACUGGAUUUUAGGCGUUGCCGGUUUGGAGUUGUGCUUGGAGAAUUGCACUUGGGUUAAUGAGAAAGUGUUAAAUUUAUACCCUUGGGAUAUUGGCACCGAUGCUGGUCCAUCUUAUAUGUCGGCAGAUCAGCAGCAAAAACCGCCAGACGUGGUGCGUCGCAUAACUUCCACCUCACCGAAUGAUCAGCGCUCGCCAUUUUAUGAGGAGACUGGCAAGCCAAUGCAAGCGCUGGCUACUUUGUAUGUGCGCCGCAAGAAGUUAUACGAACGCGAAUGUGAUUCGGGUGAAGUAAUGCCAUUAGAAUGUGCAACACACCCAUGGACCGCUUGGAGUGAGUGUACAACACGUUGCGGUCCCGGUAAACAAUACCGUACGCGCGCAUAUAAAGAUCCCGUCUUGGCGGCAAGCUUCAGUUGUAAGGUAGAGCUGGAGCAAGCACAAAGGUGUGUUGGCGAACAAUGCCGUGUAGCCGACGUAGAGCCUGAUGAUGGUGAAGCUGACGGUUGCGAAUUGACGCAUUGGUCGGCAUGGAGCGUAUGUUCAAGGCGGUGUGGACGUGGGUACAUGACACGUAGCCGUGAGUAUGUCAAACCGUAUGAACGCGAACAAUGCUUGAACGACAACCCUGUAGAGCUAGAGCAACGGCGAGAUUGUGAAGGUCGCGACUGUGGUACGCGGCGAACACAACAAGAUCGCGAUGAAGACGUCAAUGAAAAUAACAAUGAUAACUUAGCUGUGGAAGAUGUUGAGCGGAAUGACGAGAAUGAUGAUAACAAAGAAGAAGAAGAAGAAAAUGUUGAGGGCGAUAUUAACCGACUGCCACAGCCAGAAUUGUUUGGACGUCGUCGCCCGCAGUUGUCAAACAGGCGCACAAAUUCAUACUACAACGGACGCCAAACUGAUUGGGGUGACAACGACGAUUCCGAUCGGGCAGCUGAAGGUGAAGAAGAUGAUAAUAUGCAAUUUGAAGAUAACGAUAAUGCACUGAAUGCUGGCGAUGCCUACAGUCGUCCAUAUGGCAAUCGUGGUGGCUUCGUGCGUGGACGUGAACGAAAUCGUUAUAGCGGCUCUGCAACCGGCUAUGAUUCAUACGAUCGCAACAACGAGGGCGACGAUGAAGACAACAACUCUAAUUUACGUGAAGUUUACGAUGAGGAUGGACAUAAAGCUAUACUUGUGGGCGCCAGUGAUCCAAACAAUUACGAUGUGCUGCAACGAUUUUGUUUUGAAAAACCCUCUGCAAGAACAACGCGUUGUGAUCGCCUUAAUUUAGGUUUUCGUAAUUACUGGUUCUACGACGCGGACGAACGCCAAUGUCAAAUCUUUACCGCCGAUGGUUGUGAUGAGAAUAAAAAUAAAUUCAGAACACUGUCGGCAUGUGAAGGCACCUGUCUCUUGCCGCACAGUCUCUAUCUAAGUCAGCCGGAUAGGGAUGAGGAUAAUGACAAUGGCUGGAGUCGGCAAUUUGGUGAGUCGGAAUCGUUGGUGAAGAAACCGAAAAAGAAGAGCGGACGUAAAAAUCGUAAACGUAAACAAAACUAUUACGUCGGCAAUAUAAAGAACUACUCGUAUAAGUGAAAAGUUUAGCUGAUUAAUAAUAUAUUAUUAUACACAUACGGGUUUAUGGGUACGAGGUACACCAACACAUUUUUUGUAGAUAUUUUUAAUACGUUUUCAAAAAUAAAUAAAUACAGCAACAGUACAAAA